AGGCUGGAUGUUAACUAGGUUAGAUUUAAUGCGCAUGAGUGUAUUGUGGUUUUAACACGAGUACAGAAUCUCAUAUCAAUACGUUUCCAGAUUUUAUGCAGUGUUUGGAAUGUAGAAAUUUCAAAAUCUCAUUUGAUUUCUAAAUUAUUUCAGUGAUAUCAAUAACAUUUACAACGAACAGUUUUUUCUGAUGGUGAUGCCCACAUGAGCUCUAGGCUUGUGCUUGCUAAUGAGGCGGAUGACAAUGAGAGAUGAAUGGAUCUACAGUUUAAGAAUACCAAAAUGGGAUUAGAUGAUGAGCUAACAAAUUCUAGUUCUUCCACAAUGAUCGGUAAUCUCAGCUCCCCAAACGAAUCUGAAGAUACUGGAAUACUCUCGGAAGGUAGUGAAGAGAACAUUGGGCUGAAUGCACCAUCCUCAAAAGACGACUUUCAAGCGUCUUUAGCAGAAUUCGAAAAAAAUCUUCCACAUACGGUGGAAAUUUUGACUGUUCCAACCGGUGCUAAGGUCUAUCUGGUGGGUACAGCUCAUUUCAGCCCCGAAAGCCAGGAUGACGUCUCCGUGGUUAUACAAGCGGUUCGACCUCAUAUUGUUAUGCUGGAACUUUGCCAGCAUAGAAUGAGCAUAUUGCAAAUGGACGAGGAAACCAUUAAACGAGAGGCCGAAGAUAUUUCUUUUGAGAAAAUAAAAUGCAUGAUAAAGGACCACGGUGUGUUUCAAGGACUGAUGAACAUCCUGAUUUUAAAUCUAACAGCUCAGUUGACAAAAGAUUUAGGAGUUGCUCCAGGUGGAGAGUUCAGGAGAGCACUGGCCGAGGUCAAGAAACUCAAAAAGUGUGUCAUUCAUUUCGGCGAUAGGCCGAUCAAUGUAACACUGAAAAGAGCGUUGUCCGUUCUUAGUUGGUGGCAGAGUAUUCGACUGUUCUGCAUUCUUCUAUUCACCAAACAAACAAUCAGAAAGGAAGAAGUGGAGAACUGUAAGCAGCGUGACUUGCUUGAGUCAAUGCUGGCCGAAAUGGCUGGUGAGUUUCCCGACUUCAACAGGGUUUUCGUACAGGAAAGAGACAUUGUGUUGACCAAUGCCCUGCAAUCGGCUGCAUAUGCCGAUCCAAAUUAUCUGUAUAAUAGAGCACCCGCUGACACUGAAAUAAUCGAUGAGGCACCACGAGUUGUUGGAAUUGUUGGUAUUGGUCAUAUGUCAGGAAUUAGUAAUCUCUGGCUGAAGGUCUCCCCCGAUAUGGUUCCUCCUCUAAUGAGGAUUCCACCACCAUCUCGUUCCAGCAAAGUGAUAAAAGCCGUUUUCAAGUGGUCCUUUGCUGGUCUAAUUGUAUACGGCUGCUAUAAACUGGUUCCUGUGCCAAAAACAGUUUCAAACACUUUCAAGUCAAUCACAGUUGCAGCUUGGCCUCUUGCACUCAAGUCUAUCGGAAGCUUGAAGUUGCGUUAGAACAGCCUACAAUCCGCAGAAACUUAGAACACCAAUUCUAUUGGAAAUUGUAAACCCAACUGUUUUUUCUACUUAUUGGUAGAAAUUCUUUUGAGAGAUCUGUUAUUAAAUUUUAUAAUGGCCAAUUUAUUUUUGGACGAGUAUGAACAUUGUGAUACUAGAAUAAUGUAUUCUUCACAGAAUAUUCCAGGUCCGGGCGCCGAUUUAGACAGUUUCAAUUGUCAGAUCGCGUUGAAAUGCGCGUGUUCUGCAAAAUGUAGUGAGGGUUGUGCAUGUUUAGUUGAUUCUGGUGUCAAUUAUGAUAGUUGCGGUAGGCUUUUGGGUGAAAAAUUCUCCAUGAAUUCGGCGGGUGUGAUCGAAUGUGGUACGGAGUGUAAUUGUGGUGAAACUUGUGGUAAUAGAGUUGUACAGCGUGGACCAGUUAGUGGUUUAGAGGUGGUUGCCGUAGGUGGUAAGGGUCUGGGUUUGAUGCGAAAUCAAGAUCUGAGAAGAGGUGACUUCAUUUGUGAAUAUGCUGGUGAAGUAAUUGGGAAGAGUGAGGCCAAAAUGCGAGCCAACAAGUCGGGAACUGAUGCUAUGAACUAUAUUUUUGUACUAGAAGAGCACAGUGGGCAGAAUGUUGUCGAAACAUUUGUCGAUCCCACCUGUAUUGGAAACAUUGGACGGUAUAUUAACCAUUCGUGCAAUCCGAACGCGGCGAUUGUUCCAGUGAGGUUUGAUUCGCUUGAGCCGCACUUGGCCAUAUUCGCCCUCACCGACAUUGGCAGCGGCUGCGAGAUUACCUACAGCUAUUCACAAGGAGAGCAUAGUUAUGGUAAGAUUCCAUGUUUGUGCGCUGAAGAUAAUUGUAACAAGUUUAUUCCAUUCAAUCCUAAUCUUUUUUAAAAUAAAUUGUUGUCAUUGAAUAUUCUUUUAUUGUUUGUUAUUCUAGAAAUAUAUAUAUAUUAUCAUUAUAAUAAUUAUUAUUUAGUGAUUAAAAUUCGACAAAUUUA